AUGUCAGGAGUAGCAGCUCUCAAAGCCCUACGUCGUGCUGCCAUUUCCAAAGACCCCGUCAAACUCUUCAAUGAGGCCGGUCAAGAGACAGAGCUUAUUCAAGAAGCCACUGAGGUUCAAUUUGGCGAUAAUGAAAAAAAGUACGAAUUGGACUUGAAGACAAACUUCUACAAUGACGAUGAACCACAGGAUUUAAAAUCAGUAGUGUUUUGUUGGAUUGAAGAGCAAAUCCCGGAUGUUGAUUACAAGUCCAAGGCGAGUGAGCAUAGGAUACCCGCGUUUGCAUAUUUGCAGAGAUAUGACUUGAUAACUUGGUUAAAGGGAACUAUCGACACUUGUCAGUUUGUUAAGGAAGAGAAAGACGAUGGAAAAGAUGAGACAUCCAAAGCUGAUGCCAAGACAGAUGCUAAUAAAUCAAAAAAGCACAAACUUGACGAUCCACAGUUGGAUCGAAUCAGUCAAUUUGAAAGAGAGUCUGUUGACCAUAACGCCGUAUUGAGAGGUUCCAAAAACAUUGACUUUAGCUAUCUAAUAUCAGAUGCAAAGAAGUUUAUGCACGAGUUAAAGCGUGCUAAACCUACCAGCAAAGGGAACAAGAGUGCAAGUGGACCAAAGAAACAGCCAAUCAUCAUUGUAUCUCCUGCUACAACAGCUCUUCUUUCGUUAUCCAAUAUAAAAGAGUUUCUUGAGAAUAGCCGCUACACCGAACCUGUUCCAAGUAAUAGACCACAUUCAGGUGUUGUAAUAGUCAACCAUCCAUCAGACAGAUUAAUUUCAAGUGGUCAAAAGAUUAUGGUAGUUGAUAAUGUUGAUUUGUUCACCAACCCAGACUACUGGAAUAGAGUCAUUGCAAUUUUCACCACUGGCCAAAGCUGGCAAUUUUCAAAGUACAAGUUUUCCAAGCCAGAAAUUUUAUUCCAAAAGUACCAAGGAUACUACUUGGGAUACCAAGGAGAGGCCACGCCGCCUCAGAUAAAGGAUUGGAAUGUACAUGAAAUCAAGGUGGACAGAGGUGAAAAAAGAUUCAAGGAUAAGGUGAUUGUUCGGGAUUUUUGGGCUGAAAUAGACAAAAUACUUGUCAAUAAGGGAUACAACAGGCUGUAG